AACAAGAGACCAAAACCGAAACCAAACCUUUUGAAACCCCUUCGCGUAGAGUUCCAUUGCCAAUGUCGUUCCAAUUUCUGAAACGAUCGCAAGUUACUCCAGAGCCUUGUCCUGGUUUUGGUUCUGAUCAUUUUCGUAUUGAUGAAUAUCAUCCUAAAUUGAUGUGGCAUUCGGGACCUUUUUAUAAUGAACUAAUCGUUCCUCUCUCACUGUACGCUUUCAACCGACUGUCCCCCAGUGAUAAAAAAGAGCAACAAGAAGAAAUCCGCGGCCAACAUGAGGGAAGUGAUUUUACAGAGCUAUUCAAGAAACUACACUACAGGGAUCAGGUGAAGUUCCUAUCCGAAGUUUUGCGGUUGCUCAAGUUUGAAAGGCUAUUACUUGCAUUCAAGCAACUGGACACUGAGCAGCAGCAGCAACUGAAUACAGAACUGGAUCUCUUCAGUUGCAUUAUAAACCCGGACCCCAAGGAAACUGAGGAGCAUUGCAGACUCAGAAUUUUCAAACAGAUAUACAAAUCACGACCCUGGAAGAAUUUUGAGGAGCUACUUGCCCGAAAAGGUAACAAGAAAAAUGAAGAUGAUCAACAGGAGGAGGCAUCCGAUGAUAAGGAAAACAAUUUGGAUUGGAACUCGUGUUUUUCUGAAAUUUUCUUAGGCUUCUCAAUCAUUUGGUUCCAGGGACAAUGGGCCUGUGAUCAAGACAUGCUGAUUGAACAACUCUCCAAAGGAGUUACAGGGGAUGUGAUCAAGAAAUGUUUGCCAAACGAAUCUGAGGAGGAUUUCAAAAUCGCAAGAUUCACGGAACUAUGCAAGAAAGUAACCAACAUUCGGGUCCAAGAGAGGUUCCUUGAUAAUGCUGAAAAGAAACUAAGAAGAUAUAACGGGUUGUUUCUUGAGCCGCAAGAACGUGAGGGCGCUGCUACAUUAUUCUCUGAUAUAUCAACUCUUGGGUUUAGCCUACUAUCCGCUAAGCAUCAACAUGAGAUGAUUGAAGAAAUGUCCACUCAAGUUGAAACAAGUGCUAAAACCAAACGACACCUUGCAGCAGAGGUUCUGCAGACUAGUACUACUGAUCCUGGAAAAGCCAUCAGAAUUGGAAGAUUCAGAGAGCUAUUCAAUCAAGUUUCGGUGUUUACUCGGAUUCAUUUAUUCAGGGAGUUGAGAAUAUCGUUAAAGCACAAACAAUACUCUGAGGCGGUUCAAAUCUUCUGCGGACUAGGCUCCGAGGACCAGGCAAAAAUGAUCAAGGAACUGACAGAUACGAAGAUUUCAGGUGAAAGUGAGGAGGGGUAUAAAGAGCAGAGCAGGAAUUGGUGGUUUGAAUUGAUGAAAUUCUGCACGGUACAAGCCAACAUUUAUACAGCAGCAGUAUGCUGUAAAAGUUUAAACUCAUCCACUGAAAGUGAGAAGAAUAUCAGAUUAAGGAGUUUCAAGAUGGAGUGCGUGGAUUAUCUAUCAAAUAGGGAUAAGGAGCGUGUUCGACAAGGUACAUCUGAUCAUAACGAAGAGGACUCCUCUUAUGCUGAAUUUUUGAUCGAUGCAUCAAUCUUAUGGUUCAAAGCAAGAUGCAAAAAUUUCAAGAGAAACCCCAUUCAUAUUAUACUUUCCAGUGAAGUUGAAGAAAUUGAGAAACUGCCGGAGGAGAGCGAGGAGGAUUUCAGACUCAGGAGAUUCACAGACUCGUUUAUGCAACUUCCACUCGAUUCGCAAGAGCGCAUCUUCGACCACAUAUACCAUAGAUUAAUUACUGAUCUUGAUUAUCAUGAAGGGACUCAAUGGGAAACACGGCCUGCAGAGUUCGCUCAAGAAAUGAGCUGCAGAGUACCGUCUGAAGGAAGAGAUUUGUUUGAUUCUGAAUGGAUCAAGCUGAAGCUUCCAGAUCUACAAGGUCAGAGAGCAGCAGCCAGUACUACCACCACCACCACCACUACUACUACUCAAGUAGUAUCAGCGGCUGCACCAGCAACUACAACUCGGUGGACACUUUUCAGCUGCUUCUCGAAAUAAUCUCCAUGUCUAUGGACACUUUUCAAGUUUUUAGCUCGGCCCUUUCCUUUAUAUGCGGUAGCUUUCUGUUUUUCUUGGUAUCAAAGAAAAUGACUCGAUCAAUGUUUUCAGUAUUUUCCUGUCUGCAUUUCCUUUCAUUCGUGUUUGUUCUUUUAAGAUUAUCAGACAUGGAGCACAUGAUGCUUCAAAUAGUUU